AUGUUAUCUUCAUUUUUGCGCGUGCGGACAUUCUUUCCGGCACCAAAGCGACUAUUUGCUCCAUACACGCUUCCGCGUCCGUGCUUACAGCAAAUUAAUUCCCUGUUUUAUUCUACUUUUUCAUACAAUGGUGCUGUGAUCAAGUCAGGGAAUAUAGGAACCGUUAAGACGUCCUCAUUUUUGUUACCAUUGAUAUUAAAGAGGUUCAAGACAUACAAGAUAAAGACCCAUUCUGGAGCAAAGAAACGGUUUCGACUGACGGGCAAUGGUAAAUUCAAAAGAGCAAAAGCAGGCAAACAGCACUGUAAUUAUCUAGCAUCUAAAAAUCGGUUGAGACGACUGAAAUUCCCAGCGUAUGCGGAAAAGACGCAAAGGAAGAAAUUGAAAGUGUUGAUGCCUUAUGCAUGA